AUGGUGUUCUCUAGUUUUGUGAAACAGGCUAGGCAUAGGGAAAGAAUCCAAUUCUUUCAAAGUGCAUAUCCAUAUAUGAACAGUCAGGGAUUGAUAUCUUUUCAUAAAAUUUACAGUAAAUUAUGGAGCCAAAGAGGACCUAGGCCCUCAAGAAGGAACCGUUGGUUCUUUCUUGGGAUCGACAAUGGUCACUAUGGGUUGUACUACACUAUAUAUCAUCAAGAAUCAGAGAAAAAUAAAGGAAGAAGAGCAGAGAACAUCUUAAAACAAGAUCCUAGAUCUUGUGGUGAUCAGCUGCAACACCAUGGAAGUUUUUAUGACUCAAAUUCAAAUUUUUUUAUACUGAGGGUUAACCGGGACAUUUACAACCAUAUAGAUUAUUUGAAAAGUAUAGAAUAUGAGUUUUUAUCUACCCUUUCAAUAUUUCGCCCAAAAUUUGCUGCCGUAAAUCAAGCAAGGAGAUUUUCGACCGUUGCGUACAGACGCACUAAGUAUUCUGAUGCUUUCGUGGAGGAGGAUACAUCUCGAGAGAAUGAACUUGAUUUAAAAGAGGAAGAUGAUUCGAGCUUUUUAAGGAAUCAAAUUUCUUUAAUAAAAGCCAAGUAUAAUAGCGAAACAGAAAGCGAUUUAAAUUUGGUCUAUCCAUUAUAUCAAGCGUUGAAAAGAAACAACCUUCGGCUACCUGGUGUAGAGUUGUAUAAUGUUGUUUUGGAUUCCAUAGCUCGCAGAUCGUUGAAUAACACAAAAGAAAUAGAGGAUGUGGAGAUGAGGUUAACCAGCCUUCUUACAGUUUAUCAAGACUUGCUCAAUAGCACCACGAAACCAGAUAAGAAUACCUAUAAAAUAUUAUUGACAGAAUUAUUUAAAGGCGCUGUCCAAGUUAUAGAGAUAGGAAAUCAAAGAAAUUGCUGUCAGGCUUUGUUUAAAGAAACGUCAGAUAAAAGCAGAGAUUUUAUCAAAGUUGGGACUGAUUUGUUUAAUUCUAUCUCGAAGAUUCAUGAAGUAGAUUUACUGAGGAUCUUACCAUUGAUGGUAAGCGCAUUAAAUUUUCAUCCUCACUUAAUUGAUGAAAGUAUGAUAAAAAGUCUUGUCUCAAUUGAGUUACCGCAAUUACAGAACAGUAAUUAUCAUAUCGGAUUAAUCGGAUUAACAGCAUAUUACUCCAAAUUUGAAAUGUUCAGCGAUAAGGAAGUCUUGUAUGACUAUAUAAUCAAUUUGUACCAAAACUAUAAACAAAGUUGCAUACAAAAUCCAGAUCUUUUUGAUUCCGAAUAUGAAAUCUAUGCCGCUUUAAUUCGUUCAUUAAUUCGCAAUGGUAACAUGAGACUUGCUACAAAAUUUUUGGACGAUAUACUAAUAGAUUAUAGAAUCUCCCUCAACUCUUUGGAAAGACCAUCUAAAAGUGAAAUUUCGAAUUUACUUUCUGUUUAUUUAAGUUCGGUCAUGAGCAUCGAUUCGUCCAUCGAUGGUUUGAAAUCUUGUUACGAGCUUUUAUUGAGGUUUAAUGAAAACUCUUAUCUACCAGAACUAUCAAUAUCAGUUUACAAUGUCAUGAUCAAUAAGUUCAUCAACCAAUAUUAUUCAUUGGAAUACGAGAAACAGGAGGAUCGAACAAAUUUGGAGUCAAUAUGUCUGAAACAGGAAGAAUAUUAUCGUUUUGUUUGGAAGUUAUAUGACUAUGUGGCAAUUCGUAAGGAUUUUCAAAGUGCAGAAUUCGGUAAGGAUUCAUUGGUUUUCGGUGAAAAUAGAUCGCACUGCCGUGAUUCCCUAUUAUCAUUAGCUAUUGACUUAGGUGACCACGAGAAAGUCUUUCAGUUGAUGAAAGAAAUUAUGUUGAAAAAUCAUCUCAUUCGUGAAUUACUGGUUUUGAAAAAGGUCUCACUUUAUUUACAUCAUGGUGUUGUUUCAAGGGGAUUUAAUGCACAAUAUUUUGAGCUUUUAUGGAAUUUACUAGAAAACCAAUCAAUCCACUAUCAAAGUAAUCCAAAGUUCUUGAAUGAUUUCCUCUCAGAUGUCAUUAACUAUUUAAUUUUGGAAAGAAGUGACUAUAAUGUCAAAAUGGUCAUGAAUUCUGAGAUGGUCAGCAAAGCAUUCUCGUCUUUUGAUUUACAGGAGGAUAAUAUAUUCGGUUUAUUGGUGAUUUCGGAAUUUUUGUCAGAUUAUACAUACCAUAAUGAAGUUACAGAUGGAAAACAAUUGCUUAGGAUACUUCAAUAUCAAUCGUCAGUAGUUCUCGAAUUUGAAAACACAGAGAAUCAUUAUUUGCCUCUAGAUGAGAAGUUGAUUCAAUUUAAGCAAUCACUCAAAGCAGGAUUUGUGAACUUGUUCAACAAAGCCGAAAACUUGAAAAUAGGUUUUACAAAUGAAAUUUACGAAGCCUGUAAAUUAUAUGACAUUCAUUUGACUUCGAACCACGAGGUAUUAGAGUUAGAUAUGGGGUAUAACCUCAAUCUUAGCCAUUUACUCAACAUAAAUUAUGAGUCAGGGGUAAAAAGAUUUCUUGAGUACUUUAAAAAAGGCUACAAGUUUAAUGAAUCAACAUGGAACAUAAUUAUCAAUAGUAACUUCAUCAUGAACCAGGUUGAUUCAAAGAUAAUUAAAUUAGACGAUUUACUAUCUCGUCUUUUUGAACUGGAUCUUAGUAUCGACGUAAAAAGUGACUUAAUAAAGCGACUUUUACGUUAUGAAGAUGAUAAGACUACAAUAGGCGUUACAAAAUAUUUAUUAAAAAUCAAUUAUUUGCUUGAAGAUUCAAGCUUGAUGAACUGUUUGAUAUUCUCGUUGAAGGAAUCCAACAACAGAUACUUAAGAGAUCUAAUUGAGGACAACUUUAGCGCACUUUAUGAUAUGAACAAAAAUCCUGACUGGAUUAACACUUUUUUUCAAUUUCUAAUUGAUAAAGACAACUAUAGAGAAGUCGUAUACCUUGCUUCUAAGCAUGAGAUUUUAAAAGACUUAAGUGUUGAAAAUCCUUCCCAUUUGCCUUUACUAUGCAAAGUAUUGAACGCAUCGUUAAAGCUAGGAGACUAUGAACAGUUCAAUGAUUUAUUUAAGAGCCACUUUGAUGGGCUGGACCUUUUAAAUAAAAGUCUUACGGAAUCAAAAGAAUUGGCGGUAAUUGUUAUAAAUUAUUACACUCUCAUGGGCUCUUAUGACUUGGUUUUGGACAAGUUUAGAGAAUUGGGAACAGAGUCGCCAGAAGUACGUGCCGCUCUUGCAUUUACAAAAUACCUAAAAUCAUUAACUAAUACGGAACUGUCUAUGGACUACGGUGAAAUGAAAUCGUUAUCUGAGCAGUCUCUUAUAUUGAUCAGCAAUAAUUUUGAAGAGAUAAACGAAUUUUAUGAGAAUAAUAGGGCAUAUGUGAAGUAUAACAGAGAAAAAUUAACAAACCUUUCAUUGAGUAAUUUAAUAAAGUCUGGAUAUACUUUGAACAAGUCAACGCAAAGCAAAGAAAAGAAAGAUGAAAUAAACAGGAAUUUAGUCAAGAAGUUUCACUCACUAUUAAAGGCUUUGAAACUAUGUCAGCUGAAACUACUUUCUACGGAUAGCCUUGUUUUAAUCAUCAAGUUUUUAUCCAUAUCAAAUUCGGACGGAGUAUUGAACAUUAUACUUAAUAAGGUUAUUCAUAAGAACCAGUUUUCUGAAUUGCUCCAAUUUUAUUUCAUGGAAGUUUGGAUGAAGACAUCAAACGACCAAAUAAAAGUAUUAGAAACAUUAAGGUCUGCGUUUGUAUUCUUGAACGAUCCAAGUAAUGUUGAAAGAAUAGACGACUUUUGCCGUGCGAAUGCGGUUAACUUGAAAGUCAAGGAUAUGGGCGAUGAGGUUUUUAAUUAG